CCAGAUUGGAGAGGAAUGUACUAAAUCAGCUUAAUCAGGCAAUAGUUAAAAAGAAUGGCAAGGUUUAGUGGAGCUUUGUCGCAAUGGGUGAUGGUAGUUCUGUUGAUUGCACUGCUGGAGGGAGCCCAUGCUGUCUCGAUAUGUAACAUCGACUCUGCACAGCUCAACUAUUGCCGCCCAUCAGUGACCGGCAAGUCACCAAGACCGCCAUCAAAGAAAUGUUGUGGUGUUGUGCACCAAGCCAACUUGCCCUGCCUGUGCAACUACAAGGCAGUCCUCCCUUCCUUUGGAAUCGACCCUGCACGAGCAAUGGCAUUGCCUAAGAAAUGUGGCAUGAAAACACCACCUGAAUGCGUGGCUUGAAGCACUGAGGUUGCAGUGACUUCAACAAUUGUGUGAUCUUACUAUUUCCCUAUUUGUUUGUGGUUCUGUGUAGUCAUGAAAUCGAUCUUUAUAGUACCAUCUGCAUGUUUAAAACAUGUAUAUCCUGUUUGUAUUUCUGUAUUUGCUGAAUGUAAUUGGUUAAGUGUCACUAUUCCCUAUAUAAUGGAAUGACAAUAACAUGGUUGUCAAUGAAAAUCGGGAUCGUCACUGUUUGUCAUCUA